CUCUAUGGUCGUCCGCCCUCUGCGCGUUCUCUCUAGCCGCUCGCGCUCUAUGCUCCGCGGUCGCCGGCUGCCUAGCCGGGAGGGGUGCGCAGAGGGAGGCGGGGCGAGAAGGCAGAGGUGUCUCCUCUCCCCGAGCGGCGGGAGACCUGAGCAAGAUCUGUGACAGCUCGUCGGCCGCCAUGUCAGCGAGUAGGGCUGCAGACAGCCCCGGAGCCCAGUGGUAGCCCUCAUUUCGCCUGCAGUUCCCAGACAUGGAAGGACUUCAAUGAAACGUAAAUGAUUCAACAGAAGAUGCUCCAAUGGAUGACUGUGAGACACCUGCAUAUAACCUUCAGGUAGAACCACAAGAUGGCUGUCACCCUGGGGACGGUGUGGAAAGUACAGUGAUACCCUUGCCUUCUGCAGCAGAUGAAAAUGAAAACCAGUUUGGCGGGGACGGGCAUGAAUGUCUGACCAGUGGUGGCAGCACAAUGGGCAGACCCGAAGUGACCGAGCAGGACAGUCUCAACAAUAACGCCAGCUGCACCCCAAGCUGUGAGGUGGCUGCAAGUGAGAACUCGGAGACCGCUCCCCGUGAGGCCCCCAGAGAUGGGCAGGACUGGUCUCCCUGUGAGGGCCCCACAGAUGGGCAGGACUGGCUGGGAAAGGACAAAAAAAUACCUGGAAAGAGAAGUUCAAGAAGCAAAGGAGGCACUGCUAAGAAGAUACCCCCAGGACUUGCUGCGGGAGAUGCCACACCUUUCAUGCAAGAAGAUGUUCUGGGUGCAGCCACCCUCGCUCUUGGUGACGAAGAGUCUGCCGCAGUCACCGCCAGCGACCCGCCGGAAGCCCCAAAGCUGGCUCUGCAAUCCCUGUUCUCACUCAUCCGGGGUGAAGUGGAGCAGCUGGACUCCAGGGCACUGUCCCUUUGCCUUCAUCAGAUGGCCGAGUCCUAUUUCCAGGAGGAGGACUAUGAAAAAGCGAUGAAAUUCAUACAGCUCGAACGCCUGUAUCAUGAGCAGUUGCUCGCAAAUCUGUCUGCCAUUCAAGAACAAUGGGAAACAAAAUGGAAAACUGCACAACCACAUACACUUAUGUCUGCAAGGAAUUCAGACAAGGGAUUUAAUGGUGACGACUUUGAACGGCUUGCUGAAUUUUGUACAACACAUCAAGACCCUCUUUCAUCCAAACAUAAGAUAGCAGCUGUAAAAAAGUCCCUGGGAAGGAAGUGCAUUACACCGUCAAUUGCAUCUAAAGAUCCAAAGGGAAGUGGAGCUCCAGCCAAAGAGCCGGAGAGAGAAACUCAUCCUGGCAUGGACCCAAGUCCAGAAAGCCAGCCUGACGCAGAGGCCGGGGAGAGCAACCCCUGCAGCAGUCACACGGCCCAGCAGGCAGAUCCCCUGGGCCUUCCUGUAGCUGCAGGGAGCGACCACAGAGCGGAGCCACUGGGCUGCGCGGAGGGGGCCCCCAGGGAGCUCCACGCCCAGCCCCCAGAGACAGCCGGGAGCCGCUGCGGGCCACACUCCGCAGAGAACACUUGUGAGGGUGACGGAAGCGUGCCACUGGGUCAGACAGGCGCCUGCCAAGAUGUGGCCGAAAUAGAGGGCCCUGCCGAAGACCCUCAGGUGGUCCUUUCCAGAGAGUCGGGGACAGAGCCAUUGAUUUCACCGGGCUCUGACCACACACCUCCUACGCUGUGUCCUGAGGGUAAACAUUCACAGACUCAAAGAAAGGAGCUCCAUCUGCCACUCCAAGAGGCUGCUUCUGAGGCGUGGCCCUCCGACCAGCCCCAGCACAAUGAACUGAAUGAGCUGCAGCCACCCGGCCACAGGGGCAGGGAUGGAAAAUCACCGCAGGGGCAGGCCGGCCCCGGGGGCUCCGACAGUGUGCCUUGUGGGAAUGCGGACGGGUCUGACUUAAGUGCGGGGCCUCCGGACGUGUGUAUGGCCCCAGAGGGCCCGGGAGAGCAGGGCGACCAAGUCAGUAAAGAGACGGAGGACUAUCUGAACAGCCUUUUGGAAGGAUGCUUAAAAGAUGCCGAAGACUCUCCUCCGUACGAAGAGGAGGAUUCUGAUCUUCAAGACCUGUCCCCCGACGAAGCCUCUUACACCCUCCAGGAGCCCCAGCCUGCCGAGGAGAGCUGCCUUUCCCUGGACGAUCUCGCCAAAAGGAUAGAGAUUGCGGAGGUGGCUCCUGCUGAGGGCCUGGUCUCCAUAUUAAAGAAGAGGAGCGAUGCCGGGGGAGACCGCCCUGCCCAGAUGCAGCAGAGACCAUCCAAGCGGCGAGUGAGGUUCCAGGAGAUAGACGACCACCUAGAUCAAGAUGAGGUCGGAGGGGGCUCCUGCAUUCUGCUGGUCUUGCUGUGCGUCGCCACGGUGUUCCUCAGCGUCGGGGGCACUGCGCUGUACUGCGCCUUCGGCGACAUGGAGUCGCCUGUUUGCGUGGACUUCGCGGACAACGUGGACUUCUAUUACACAAAGCUCCUGCAGGGCGUGGCGGGACUGAAGCACUGGGUCUACCUGUCCUAGCAGGGUUCCAGAGGGACAGGCGUGCUGGCAGUGAGCGUCACGGAGCCGAACUGUCUCAACAGCUUUUAUUUUAGGAGUCGUGUGAUGUGCGCCCCCUCCCCACCCCGUCAGCAGCCGUGGACAUCGGAAACAGCAUCUUGCAAUGGCGGUGUGGAGGGACUCGCAGAAUCCCCCAGGCAGGGAAGCGCGGUCGGGCUGAGCCCUGCGGACUGAGGGAUGGUCACUGGAGAGCUGUCCCUCUCCUCCUUGCCUCUCCCUGGUGUGAUGAGCUGUGCGGAGCAGAACCAGGCAGGGCGGUGUCGGGGCCACUCCGUGAGCUUGCUUUUCAAGCUGUCAGAGGACACUCCUGGCUUACAUCGGUCCAAACCCAAGGCUUCUGGCCGUCACGCAAUAAGUUUGUGUGCAAUCCCAAGGGGUCACCUAUGGUUUCGAUGUCUUUUUCAGUUAACCUCGGGAGCGAUGUAAUUUAGGCUUGAUGUGUUACUUCCAGAUUCUGUCCUCUGUUUGUGGAAUGGCCAUGUGUGUGUGUGUGUGUGUGCAUGCGUGUGCAUUUCAGACAGUUACUCACUAGCAAAUACCCCACACGACAUAACAAAUCUUUAUUCUUUCAACGUGACUAUAGAUGUGCAGGCACAAAUCCUUAAAGAUGGUUAAACUGUGGAACAAGUGAGUUGUCGAAAUCCUGGCCAAGAAAUGAGGAACCGUGACAGAUCUGUGACAGUGAACUUGAUUGACUAGCCAGAAAUGAAUCACAGGCCUAAAGAUAAAAUUAAAGAGCUCCCUUGGCAUCUCAGGCAGCCAUUUCUUUCACGGAUUCGGCGCUUCCCAAACUACGAUGGUUGCUGGACUCAGUUCAGCGAGCACUUAUUGAGCACCUACUGUGUUCUGAGAAGCUAAGAACUCAAAUACAAAGGUAAAUAAGAUGUUAGUUCCUGCUCUGGAUGUUUAAUUCCGCCUUAUGCUAAAAAAAUACUUUGGCAAGUGAAAUUAAAUCGCCAUACGUAGUUCAGUAUUAACAGGUCAUGCAGUCGGGUGUUUGAAUGAGCAUUCACAUUUCGGGCUUGACUUAGACCUCUUCUGGGGUCUUGGCGAAAAUCCAAUCAUGUCUUAUACAAGCAAAUGUCUGAUAAAGUUUUGUUAGAAUCUGUCGGGUGACAUCUCCUUUUCUAAGGUCUAACAGUUAGGAAGCCUUGGUUGGCUUUUUUUUAUCAUCGACAGCAUUUUAAAAGAAAAUACAUGAAUUAUAGUUUUUUAGCAUGUGAUCAUUACUUCACGUUUUUCUGUCAGAAUCAUUUGAAAGAAAAGGGUGAAAUUACUUUCUAGUUGUUACUGGCUGGUACAGUACCUUCCUUUUUGUGUUUCUGCUUAUUUAUUUAGAUUCCAUGAACUUUAAAGGGCUUUUUCUAUAUGUUGAAAGUGUGUUGCCGAGCAUGCAUUUGGUUUAUCCCAAUGUAGGUAUUACUGUGUACUUAGCAUUUUGAUUCUCUGUCAAUUCAAGUCCUCAUGUUUUUAGGCUUGUUUAUUUUUUAAAUUGAUGUUUUAUUUUCACUUAUAAUAUUAUUCAAUUUGUCUCAUCACCAUCAACUAAUAUUUUCCAGGAUUAUAGAUCAAAGAUAUUUAUUUAGGAGUGUACAAGAUACUGAAAUUUAGAUUGCUUAUACUUAAGGCUGAUUUUAUUAGAAGAUUAUUUUAAUGUUCUAUUAUAAAUUUUAAGAGUUCGUACUCAAAGUGUAUGUAAAAUGUGUAAAUGUCGACGGUACUACCUUCCGUGGUUCUAUAAAAGACAUUCACCACGCCUGCUGGGAGGACCAUCACAGGCAAACCUGUGUGUUCCGCCCUCUGGUUUCUAGUCACGGGAAUUCGGUGAGUCUGAUUCCUGCCACUUGUACAUCACGGUAAACCAAAACUUCCCUCCUGUUCUCCCCCUUUCAGGUCGCUGUCAAAGUCCCUAGUAAACUGUAGUGUUCGAUUUGCCUAGAGACCACCAGAACCACCAUUCUGACACCGAGGGUUUCCCUCGACACUGAACUGGAGGGAUGGAGGGAGUCCCUUGGUCCUGGGGGGGGGGGCCCCCGCUGGGUCUCAGAAGAACCGUGUGCGACCUCACCGCUUCCUGGGGAAGGUUCGGUGAGUUCGGGAGCAUAUGAAUGUCUCGACUUAACGCAGGUGUGAAAAUCCCAGCCAGAAAAAUAAGGCCAGCAUUUUAAGGAUGUCAUAGUCAUUUGCUGCAUGAAUUGGACUAAUCCCAUCCAUCUGGUGAUGAAAGAAUUGUUAUCUCACACAUUAAAAAUUCACGCAGCUUCACUAUAAUGUAAUUUUUUCUGCCAUGUGGAAGUCCUGACAGCUGUUUGUCCCCAGUCUUCCUUAAGGACUGUAUUUGAGGGUAACAGUUCAGGCUUGCAAUUUAAGAGCAACACCAGCCAAGUGUCUCAGAGACUUUAUUUGCAUCCUUGGGUGAUGAGAAAAAGUACUUUAAAGUGAAAGUCAGAUGCUUUCAGAAGUUGGCCUGGCCCCACAAAUAGGUAGCUGUCUAUUCUGGGAAGUCAAAUAGGUCCCUGGUAGAGGUUCCGCCGCUCCAACAGCACCUCCCCUGUCUGCCUGACAUAAUCACUGGAAUUUGCUCCUAAAAUUCAUCCCUUAAGAUUAAAAAAUCAGAACCUCCUCGGAGGUUUAUUUUUUUAGGCAGUGAAUUUGUGUCUCAUGCUGAGAGGACUUGAAAUUUGAAGACUGGCCUUAUUUUGGAAGGACAGACUUGAACUUGGUCUUAGGAGAAGUGGGCAUGGUCAGUAACGCUCUGGAAUAUCCUCCUGGGAAUAAAAUAGAUUUAGACCGUUACCUUGUGUAACACCUACAAAUCAACUUGAAAGAGUGAAUCUAAUGUAAAGCUGAAACUUCUAGAAGAAAACAGGAGUAAAUGUUCGCAGCCCACGGGUAAGCAAAGAUAACUUACAGUACAAACAUACACCAACCGUAAAAGAAAAGAAAUCAAUUAACUGGACUUUAGAAACUUGUGCUCUUUGAAAAACAGGUUAGGAAAAUUAAUAAGCAAGCUGAAGAUUAGAAAAAUUAUUCAUAUAAUAUGCUUAACAAGUAAAUGUGUGUGUGUAUAUAUAUAUGGAUAUACCCACAUACAUAUAUAUGACUCUCCUUGACUUACGGUGGGCUUGGCUUACAUUGCAAGAUACCUGUCAUCUGUUGAAAACGUCAUAAGUUGAAAAUGCAUUUGAUACUGCCCUGGAGUAUCAGUUGUUUACCCUUGUGAUUGUGCGACUGGCUACUGCUGCCCAGCAUCACAAGGAAGUAUCAGAGGGAAUACAGCUAGCCCCAAAAAGGAUCACAUCCAAAAUCUAAACGACACUUUCUCCUGAACGUGUAUCACUUUCACACUAUCAUACAGUCCAAAAAAUUAGAACUUGAACUAUCGUGAGUCAGGGACCAUCUCUAUAUAAUACCAAAGAAUUACAAGAAAGCUACCAAAGUUAAUACAUGAAUUCAGCAAACUUGCAGGGUACAAGAUCAACACACCAAAAUCAGUUGUUUCUAAACAGCAACUAAUGUUCUGGAAAGGAAAUUACAAAGGCAAUUUCAUUUACAAUAGUACCUGAAAGAAUAAAAUGCCUCGGAAUAAAUUUAGCAAAGAAGACUUGUACCCUGAAAACUGCAAAACAAUGCUGAAAGAAAUUAAAGAAAUCUGAAUAAAUGGAAAACUACCCUGUGCUCAUGGGUAGGAAGAUAAUACGGGGCAGGGGACAAAAGUAGGUUUACAGUUGUGAGUACACAAAACAGUUUAUUCUUCUAUUAUUACUUAUUAAUCAUUUGUAUUAUUUUUCCGUACGAACAACUGUAAAUCCACUGUUGCCCCACCUUUGAUUGUUAAAAUGUCACUCCUCCCCAAAGAGAUCUAUAGGUUCAACCAGCCCCUGUCACAAUCCCAAUAGCCUUUUUUCUUUUUUUGCAGAAAUGGAAAAACUGAUUAUUAAAUUUAUAUAGCAUUGCAAGGGGACCUAAGUAGCCAAAACAGUCUUGAGAGAAGAGAGAGAAUUGGGGGACUCACAUUUCUCAAUAUCAAAACUUACUACAAAUCUGCAGUAGUCAAAACUGUGAUACUACCAUAAAGACAGACAGACCAAUGGAAUAGAAUUAUGGUCCACAAUGGAGCCCACACAUCUUUGGCUACUUGGUUUUUGAUGAAGGUGUCAGGUAUAUUCAAUGCGGAAAGAAUACUCUUAAACAAAGGGUUCGUGGACAACUGGAUUUCCACAUGCAAAAGAGUGAAAUUGGACCCCUGCCUCACACCUUACGCAAAAGUCAAUGCAAGAUGGGCUGAAGACCUAAGCAUUAACUAAAUCUAUAAAGCUCUUAGAGGAAAACAUCAGGGUAAAUCUUCAUGACUAUGGAUUUGGCAAUGAAUUCUUAGAUAGGACACCAAAAACACAAGCAACAGAAGAAAAAAUAGAUAAAUUGGACUCCAUCGAAAGUUUAAAAAAUUUAUGGAUCAAAGGGAACUAUCAAGAAAAUAAAAAGACAACUCACAGAAUGGGAGAGAAUAUUUGCAAGCUAAACAUCUGAUAAGGUAUUAGUAUCCAGAAUAGACAAAGUUUGCCUACAGCUCAACAAAAAGAACCCAAUGCAAAAAUGUGCUAAGGACUGAAGUAUCCAUUUCUCCAAAAAAGAUAUGCAAAGUUUUGAAAAUAUAGGAUGAGGGUGUUGGUUACACAGCAUUGCAAAUGUACAUAAUACCACAAAAUUGUACAGUUAAAAAUGGUCGCCCUGACUGGUGUGGUUCAGUUGGUUGAGCAUGGUCCCACAGAGCAAAAGGUUGCCAGUUCUAUUCCUGGUCAGGGCACAUACGUGGGCUGGGAGUUGCGUCCCCGAACAGGGUACAUAGGAAAGGCAGCAAAUAGAUGUUUCCUUCUCACAUCGAUGUUCCUCUCCCUCUCUUCCUCCCUUCUUCUCUCUCUAAAAAUAAAUAAAACCGUGUUUAAUGGUUAAAAUGGCAACUUUUGUGUUACACAUAUAUUCUCACAUAAGUGUGCACACAGGCAAAACAACCGACACUACCAAGUGUUGGCGAGGAUAUGGGACAAUGAAACACAUGCACAACUAGUGAUAAUACGAAAUGAUGCAACCACUCUGGGGCGCAGCUUGGCAGUUUCUUAGAAAUUUAAGUUCGCAUCUACUGCAUGACCCCGAAACUCCACACCUAGCUUUAUCCAUGAUAGUCCAAAAAAGUGGAAACAGCCCUCAUUAUUUCAAUAAAUGCCUCUUCAAUUAAAAAAAAAACAAAACUGUGGAUACACAAGUGACAUGAAUUAAUCUCAAAAUAUUAUCACUGUGAGUGAAAGAAACCAGAAACAAAAGAGGAUGUAAUGGAUGUUUCCAUGUAUAUAAAAUGUUAGAAAAGACCAACUCAUUCUUGGUGACAGAAACAGACCAGUGGUCUCCUGAGGGGCAAAGGACGGUGGGAGAACGGUCCUGGGCAGCUUUGGGGAGGGACAGAAAUGGGUCUCUAUGGCGGUCGUCAUGUCAUGGGUGAAAUUCAUCUUCAAAAUGAGUUGUGCACUUUAUUUAGAUGCGGUUGUGUACAGAAAUUAUACCUCAAUAAAAUCGUUAUUUUAAAAAAGA